AUGAGUGCCAAUGAUCGGAAAGUGAUCACGGAUCGUCAUGGCAAGAGGGUCUUCUUCUACGCCAAGUGUCCCAACAAUCACCCGGGGAAAGACUGCAAUGGAAAUUUGGUGAAAUGCAAAUAUUGUGGCAAGCUGGGACACCGAGAGUACGAGUGCUUUUCGAAACACGGACAUCCAACUCAACAACAUGGUGGUCAACAAAACUCCAAGCUAGAAAAUUUCAGAAACAACAAGAACGGAAAUGAUCACAGUGGUAGGAAUCAAAGCCAUCAGAGGAAUUGGAAUGGAAACCGCCCUACUCAAAGUAGCUUCAAGUCAGGAGGGUUUAAUGGGAACAACACCGGGACUGGCAAUGUAGGAGCUAGUACGGCUGUAGCUCAUUUAACUACUGGAAGGUUGACCACUAUCAAUAGCAAGAAAGCAGAGUCGGCGAGAGAUGUGGUGACAGGUACGUUCCAUGUGAACUCUGUACCUCUUAAAGUAUUGUUUGAUACUGGAGCAUCUGAUUCUUUUGUAUACACAUCAAAGAUCAAGAGGGAAAGUCGUUUUCCUAGUGACUUUUAUGAGCUUGACAUGGAUGACUUAGACAUCAUUCUCGGGAUGGAUUGGUUAGGCCAUUUCAAGGCAGAGAUUGAGUGCGAUAACAAAAAGAUAGAAGACAAGGUUGUGACCCCUGAGUCUAUUCCUGUCGUAAAUGAGUUUAUAGAUGUCUUUCCAGAUGAAAUACCUGGAAUGCCACCUACUCGAGACUUUGAGUUUACCAUAGACUUAAUACCGGGGGCGGGGCCCAUAUCUAAUGCACCUUACAGGAUAGCACUAGCAGAGAUGGAAGAAUUGAGAAAACAAGUAGAAGAGUUGUUGGAGAAGGGGUACAUAGAUUACCGUGAGUUGAACAAGGUUACUGUAAAGAAUAAAUACCCUCUACCGAGAAUUAGUGACUUGUUUGACCAACUUAAGGGAGCUGGAAUGUUUUCCAAGAUUGACCUGAGAACCGGCUAUCAUCAAUUGCGAAUUGCGGAGAGAGAUAUACCAAAGACGACCUUUUGGACUCGCUACGGGUACUUUGAAUUCACAGUCAUGCCAUUUGGAUUGACAAAUGCACCAGCAGCUUUCAUGUGUCUGAUGAAUCGGUUUCUAAGUCUUGAGUUUUGGCUCGAGAAAGUAUCAUUCCUGGGGCAUUUUGUAUCUAAAGAGGGAGUUACUGUGGAUCCAUCUAAGAUUAAGGCAGUGAGGGAUUGGCCUACACCGAAAAAUGGGAUCGAGAUUCGAAGUUUUCUAGGUUUGACUGGUUAUUAUAGAAGAUUUGUGAAGGAAUUUUCAAAGAUUGUCCGAUCUAUCACCAAUUUGAUGAAGAAAGACAAGAAAUUUGAAUGGACUGAGGAGUGUGAGGAAGCAUUCCAAACAUUUAAGGAGAGAUUGACUACUGCACCUGUUUUAACCCUUCCAGACAGCACAUCUGAAUAUCUUGUGUAUAGCGAUGCCUCGAAAAAUAGGUUAGGGUGUGUAAUAGUCCGGUGGGAUGACAUCUCCAUGGUCUUUGUUUUGGGUUUACCAAGGACUAGGUCGGGAAAUGAUACCUUAUGGGUGAUCGUGGAUAGACUCACCAAGAGUGCAAAGUUCAUCCCGAUGAAUAAUCAAUGGGAUAUAGAUCAGUUGGCUUGA